AUUGCCAAUUUGCACUAUUCAUAAAUUAGUAGUCGGUGGGUCAAAAUGGCGACUGCAAGAGUGUGCUGUGCGUUUCUGUGCUCCGCGUACGCGUUUUUGGUAUGCAUGCUACCAGGAGCCUACGCGACUAUAGCGGUGACGGUGGGUCCCAACAAGCAGGCGUUGAAGGGCGCGGAGUCGGUGGUGCUGCCCUGCCAGUACACGUCAGACGAUGCCGCUCCGACCGUCCGAUGGUGGAAGGAGCCCGACAUUCCUGGACAACAGAGGGCCAGGGUCUAUCACGUCACAAACGGUCAGGCGUUCACUGGGUACGACGGCCGUACGGAGAUUGUGGACCAAGCCUCCCUGAAGCUGCUGAACCUCGGCAUGCAGGAUGAGGGAACGUACGUGUGUUCAGUAGAGAAGGACGCAGACUACGAGGAGGGUUCCGUCAGGCUGGAAAUACUCGUCGCCCCAAACCCUCCCUCCAUCUCAAGCUACAAUCCGCCGCUGGAAGCCGACAACAAGAGACAGGUCGUGGCGCGGUGCACCUCCGAGGGCGGCAAGCCGGAAGCCACGCUCUCCUGGUACAACGGCAGUCAGCUGAUUUCCGGUGGGCUAGGCGACGAUGACGACGACCAGGGCGGCACUUUGAUCCAGGACAGAGACGACGGGACCUUCAACAUCAUCAGCGAUCUGAUCGUCGCCCUGUCGAGGUACGACCAGGGACAGCAGUACUUCUGCCAGGUGGACCAUCCCGCGCUAGACCAGCCUCAGAAGGAAUUCAUCCAGAUGGAAGUCCUCUAUCCUCCCGCUGAACCUCUUGUCCAGUCUUCAGGUGCCGGCUCCUCAGAUCCCGUGGACCAGGUGACUGUGACCACCAGCGCCGUGACAACCAGGGAGGGGGACACCGUGACCCUGACCUGCUCGGCAGACAGUAACCCUCCCGCCGAGCUGACCUGGACCCGCGCGUCCGGCGGCGACUCUCUGCCGAACAACAGCGUGACGGACGACACGUCCCUCACCCUGACCAACCUGGGCCGGACCGACUCGGGAGACUACACCUGCACGGCCAGGAACGUCAUCAACGGGAACCCGUACGAGAGCUCCAAAAACGCCACGGUCAACGUCCUGUAUGCCCCGGUAAUACUGCAGCCCCCCUCCCCAAGCCUGGAGGUUCAGGCUAAGCAGCCCCUGAAUGUUCUGUGCACCGCGGACGGUAACCCGCCCCCGAAGGUCGUGUGGCAGAAGGACGGAGACUCCAAGCCGCUCCCGAACCCCCUCCAGUUCAACAGCGUGGAUUACAGUGUAGAGGGGACCUACAAGUGCGUGGCGUCCUCAUCUGACCCCAGCUUCUCCGAGGCCAUGGCAACAACUAUGGUGGAUGUGAAAGGAGCGCCCUCUGUGCAGGUGAAGCCGCAGGACAGCCUGGCCGCCAUCAUGGGCGACACGGCCACCAUAGAGUGUACCAUCCUGUCCGACCCGUCCGCACAGAACAUCUACUGGACUUACACGGACGAUAACGGACAGAACCAGACGGUAUCCAGCGGUAACGGAGGCUACAGCGUGGCGGAGGAGGACAUAGCAGACGGCAAAAGAAAAAGCACUUUGACGAUCAACAACGUGAACUCCGGUCACUUGAAGGUGUACAACUGCAUAGCGGAGAACAACAUGGGCACGAGUUCUCAAGCCAUUUCCGUUUUGGAACACGAGCUGAAUGAGAUUCCAGAGCCUACCCCUACUGACGUUUAUUUAACAACGAACCGAAAAGAAGUUAUAGGCGACGGACUGGAGAGAAACGCAGGGCCCCCCAGCUCAGUAGCCAUUGUGAUCGUGCUGUUAGUCUUGAUUUUGAUUGCGGUGGGCUUGGGUGCUGGAGUCUGGUUUGCAAAGAAGAAGGGCUUCCUCAAAGGGCUCUCAGGUGGCAGUAAAAGUAAUGGGAAUGUGCAGAAGGAUCAGCAGAAGCAAAGUAUGAAUGCGAUCCCAGAUCACGAUGAAGAUUUCGACGCCAAUCAUGUUGACGCUGCUGUAUAAAGUAUCAUCGUCCAGAUUCAACCCAACCCAACCUUAACCCAACCUAAACCCAACCUUAACCCAACCUAAACCCAACCUAACCCAACAUACCACGUUUUCUACCGUAUAGCCCAACUCAGCCAUGUGUGUGAAAGCCACAAGUAUGUCGUUGAAAGCCACAAUGUAUGUUGCUUGUGUGAUGAUAUUGAAGAAAGAAAAAAAAA